GGUUGCUCAUUCAACAACAGUCCUUUUGUGAGAAGGAAGUGUUCCUGUGAAUCCAGAAUUUCCUUUUCACUCCCUGGUACAUGGACGACGUCCAGUAUACAGUAUGUUACUGUAGGUCAGCUGUAUGAAUUCACGUUGGUCAGAUAUUGACAGUAAGUCGACACUUAAUCUAGAGUUUCUCCUCGCAGAGCUACCGGAGCCUGUCCCAGCUGUCGUUGGGCGAGAAGUGGGGCGAUGCAGUCGGAUGUUUUGGAAUUAAAGCAGGUUAUGUUCAUAUAUCGGAUUGCGAUUCAAAGAACCAGACAGCUCGAAAAAUAAAAUUGUAGAAGCCCUAACUUUUCAGGAGACAGCGGUGUAAAUGAAAGCGAUGCAUUCAGGUGCUCCGAGUGCUUUUGCUGGGGUGACGGGCAGACACAGACCCUCAGAAUCUGCCGUGUGCUGGACUAGGUGUUUAGUGAGUGGACUGAUGGCGAAGCCAUAGCAAAAUGUUGAGCUAUAAAACCAAACAAAGAUAGUUUCAAUGAUUGUGUUUCAAAUCUUGUCGUCCACUGUUUUUUGUAAAUCGCAUAUUUACUAAGUGUUGUUGUAACCGGUGUGUUCGCUGAUGAUCGAGGACAGUAGGACUGUGAGGCAUCACCCUGCUACGGCAGCUUUGGCGGGGCCUCUCCUUUCCUCGGUGGCUAGACUUUGUUUCCAACAACAGAUGCAAAAUGCUUUUUUGCCUGCCUCCAUAUGGAGACUGAACAAAGCGCAUUAGUCUGUGUGGACACGCAAAUCCACAGGUGGGUAACGUUCUAUUACUCCCAUCGCACCGCUGCCCCGCUCUCCCCCGUUAUGGUAGGAGAUUAUCAUCAUAGAAGGCAGCGGUUGCAUAACAGCAACGCACGCUCGCGCAGUGAGGAAAAACACAGUCAUAAUAGAGCUGUUCAGAGGAAGAGCGCGGGGACGGGAUAGAGGAAAGGAUCAGAGCAAAGCUGUUUCUAACUGUAACGGAAGAAAGUCUACUUUGUUUACGCGAUGCACACGAGCGCGCAGCGCACAAACAGAUCAGAUGUUUCGGCCGAUAUGAACUCCGACAGUUUGUGGCGCACGCACUCGGUCUCGUCGAGCAGUCGGUGGAAAAAGCCGUUUACUUCCUGUAGAUUAAAACAACAGGAAGAAAGAACGGCUCCAGCAGCUUCGACACGUACGCCCGGCCACCGGCCAAGUACACGCCUAGUGUGCCACCAGCUGGAGGGGGUCAACAGAGCGGGGGGAAGACGCUGUGUUUGCCUCUGAUCUAUUUUGGAAAGUCUGGGAUUCGCGGCCUGUGCACUGUUAAAGGAAACGCACCUGAGCGUCAGACUGUGGAGGAACACUCUGGUCUCCGGGGGCGACUCCCACACGACGGGAACCUUUUCCAUCGUACCAAUCCCACGGUCCAUUGCACGCUGCUCGCAGUAACAGUCGCAUUUCAUUAGUGUGCGGGUUAAUGAGUGUCUCACCUCAGCGCUGCUAAAGAAUCACAGUGCUCAGAGUUAGCGCAGACCUAAAGCAGGUGUAAUGUAUGUGUUGAGAGGAAAUUAUAAAACUUGGUCAGAUGGAGUUAAAGGCACCUGCUCCACAGUACAAAAAUGACAAAUGUGAUGCUAAUGAAGACCCUGAUCAACAGUAACCUGAUGUAGUUAAAAUCAUACAGAGACAGGUCUAAAUAAUCUAGUUUUGCUCAUUGUCAUUAUAAAACUCAUUUUAAAACUGUUCUAAUUUAAAAUGAGAAACUAGAAAAGUUUGCUUGUUCAAAUGAGAGUUUAGGGAAGUAAGGCUGGGUCACCUGCAGGUCCUGGGCCUGCGUGACGUGGAGAAGAGCGGAGGCUGUGGGAAGGGUGGAGGUGGUCGUGGAGAGGGUUAGUGAGGCGGCGUACGUGGGAUCAGGACUGGGCAGCAGCAGGAGCCGGCGAGGACGUGGAGAGGAGUGAGCGCUGUGGGUGAAGUGCACAGUCGAGCAUGGGCGCGACAAGGCAUGAAAGCUGACCAGAAAACGGAGGGUGGAGUCUGGAUGCAUGGAGAAACUGGGAGGAGAUCUAUACAGUAUUGUGGGUGUGCUUUCAUCUAAUUUCACGUUCUUGUCCUUUAGUGGAGAAUAUUCCAGAGGCCCGAGCACCAAGGGCUGUGUUUGGCUUCAGGCACAUCACUUCCUGCUUCACGAACACGUUUUUACUGGUAACCCUUCACUGACCAUGCGUCCUCGGCUUUUGCCUCGAUUUUAUCCCAUGAAUAGACUAGAAGAAAAGUCAGGUUUCUUUCUGUCGUGUUAUUUUUUAUCAAAUGUUACUUUUCCUUUUCAGGAUGAUUUUGGAAUUUAGGUGAAAAUCAAAUUGCGUCCGCAGUUUUGCAUGUCAGUCGUCCUUUUAAAUAGAGAAAGCACAAGUAUCAUAGUUUCAUCUGAAGAAAAUACUCUUCAUGGCUUCUCUGCGCGGCUCAAUAACAGCCAGUCAUCGCUGUGAAGACCCCUGACCUUUACGAGGGCGCGUUCUGCGCCAGGCGGGUCGCCUGCGCAGCGUCGGCGGUGGGAUCAGGUGAACAGCGGAGGUUUCGUUGCGCUCAGGGCUCUGUGAUGUGACUUCCUGUCAGAACGUGGGGUGGUUUUAGUGACAGAGCCCGGGCUGUGAACGCUUUAAUGUUUGCCCCGUUCUCGUCUAACUAUUAGCGCCGUGGCAGCAUCUGUCACGGCCCGUGCCAUGCGUUCUGCCUCGUCACUCUUGCCGCCGUCUUGUUUUUUUUUUUGUACUUAGCUGGGUCACUGUGUGGCUCUGUGGUCUGCAGCAGUGUGAUGUGACCUUCACUCGCGUCGCGCUCUUAAACGUUCAGCAGUGCAACUAAACAAACAAUAAAGGUUGGAGCAGAAAGGAUUUCACAGUUUGUUCGUAUUUCGCUUUCGGGCUGUGACUCGAUGUGUCAUAUGCAAAACCUGCGUAUGUUGUGGGAUCAUGAGUCAUUUUGAACUACUGAUUCAAGGAGUACUGAUUCAAGGGUUUUUAAUUUCCCCAAGUACUGACACUUUUUUAACACUUCUUAACAUCUGAGCUGCUCAGUGCUCAUUUGCAUGUCUUGGCACUGCGUUAUGCAACACUUGUGCGAUAGCUUAUAUGAUAGAAUAUGAUAGCUUCCUUUUUUAGAUUCUCUACUCCCCCAAGAAAACAGUCAAGGUCAGUGGCCAAAAGCAGGACAGUGGACGUCCCAGAGCCCAGUGCAAAAGACCCCCUUAUUUCAUUUCUGCCACAUCUUCUAUUGUACCUCCCAGUAAGACUAGUUUCACUACACCCCAGUAAAUCAGCGGGUUCAGGUGGGAGUGAUGCAACGCUUCAGUGACUGAACGUCACAGAGAAGGAGAGACGGUGGUCUAGUCAGUGACCAGCAGAUACGUCAUCAUACACUGGCUUUGUGGAGGAGGCAGCUAAACUAUGAUGGAAACCAUUCCCUGUUGCAAGUUUGUCAAUCAGGACCAGACAUCUGCUUGACAUGAGGACCUUCCACAGCCUAUCAGAGGGAUCAGAACCGGGCACUACACCGCGAUGCUUCGCAUAGAUCUACGCAGAUGACACAUGCUUUUAGUUCUCUACCUGCUGCUCUGAGACACGAUGGAGUUCUUCUUCCAGCGCCAUUUCGGUCGUCGCCAGAAAGUCCAGAAGCACCCUGCGGGCCCGGCGGUCCAGGCCAGUAAAGCCAGGCGGCGCUCUAGCGUGGGUCUGCCCUCCGUGGCGCUGGUUCAGUCCAGACGCUCCUCUCUGGGUUUGCCCCCGGUCCCCGCUGACGGGCGGAGGCGAGCCAGCGUCGGCUUGCUGGUGGCCAGCGGGCAGAAGCGACAGUCCAUCAUAGAGUUGGGAUUAACCCCCGCAGGUGAACCCGGAAGAGGAUCUGAUGGCGUCGUCAAGAGAGACGCUCAGUACACACCGCACCACCCCCGCAGCGCCCCCGGGACCGUCUCCACUGUGCAGCGCAGGCUGGCCGUGCGCUAUCGACGACCUUCUAAAGUGAAGUCCAUUGAACCUCAUUUGCUCGGAUCCUCUAUGUUACUCGCGAGCGUGGUCCAGAUGGGGAGAGAGCUGACAGAUGCUGAGAGUGCAGAUCCAGAUGUGCCCCCGUGCUCCUGUUCUGAGUCAGAUGGAGAGGACGGGAGCGGCGCCGAAGAAGAGAACCACAGCGGAGGAAUGAAACACUCAGCUCAGAUGCACUUGACCCAGGCCGUCAUCAUAGAUAACAUUAAGCUCCGCCCACUGCUCCGCCCUCCUCGCUGUCUGAGGCGAAACUCAUCUCAUCUCCUUCCGUCAGAGUCGGUGCUUCAGAGCAGGGAGCUGGGUUGUGGCGUUUAUGGUCGAUAUAACCAACAGGGUCCCAGUGAGGCUCAGUGGCCGCCAUCUAAUACCAUCCCGACAUCCAUGACCAGCCCCAGUCUGGGUCAGCUGGCCUCAGCAGGCCCCGGCUCCUCUCCUGGUGCCCAAACAGAUGGGUCCUCCUCAGGGUCUGAGCUGCACAAAAGCAUCUCUUCACCGCAUGAGGGACCAGGGGGAUCCAUUUACUAUGAUCCUUAUCUGGACACAUGGGACAACUUCCUGUCGAAAGCGAUAGCCAAGUCCAGCCUGCACCACCUGUCCUGUCAGCCCAGUACAUCAGCGCUGAACAGGACGGACCCAGAAGCAAAUAUCCGAAGCACUUUGGACUGGACUGAGUCAGCUGUUUAUGGGGAUCAUAUCUGGUUCGAGACCAACGUGUCUGGAGAUUACUGCUAUGUGGGAGAACAACACUGCAUUGCCCGAGGGCCGCAAAAGUCUGUCAGUCGAAGGAAAUGUGCUGCCUGUAAGAUAGUUGCCCACACCGUCUGCAUAGAGCACCUGGAUAAGCUGCAAAGAUCUAGGUCCUGUCUGUUGGAAGACCCCCUGCCCCUCAAUGAUCCCAACCUUAGAAUUAAUUUCAGGUGUAAACCGUCUUUUAGAGAAUCGGGCUCUAGGAAUUUUCGAGAGCCUGCUGUGGUGCAUCAUCACUGGGUCCAUAGGAGACGCCAGGAAGGCAAAUGUAAACAGUGUGGCAAGGGCUUCCAGCAGAAGUUUGCUUUUCACAGCAAAGAGAUUGUUGCUAUCAGCUGCUCCUGGUGCAAACAGGCUUACCACAACAAGGUUUCCUGCUUCAUGCUGCAGCAGAUUGAGGAGGCCUGUCAACUAGGAGCUCACGCUGCCCUCAUCGUUCCGCCCACAUGGAUAUUUCGGGUCCGUCGACACCAGUCGUCUAUGAAAUCGAGCAAAAAGAAGAAGCGAACAUCAUUCAAGAGGAAAAGCAGCAAGAAAGGAGCAGAGGAAGGAAGGCUGUGGAAGCCGUUUAUAAUCCGACCUAUUCCCUCACCUCUGAUGAAACCACUUCUGGUGUUUGUGAACCCAAAGAGCGGAGGAAACCAGGGGGCUAAGAUCCUGCAGUCCUUCAUGUGGUACCUGAACCCCAGGCAGGUGUUUGACCUGACCCAGGGAGGACCAAAGGAGGGCCUGGAGCUGUAUCGCAAAGUCCACAACCUGAGGAUCCUGGCCUGUGGAGGAGACGGCACUGUGGGCUGGAUCCUGUCUUGCCUCGAUGAGCUGUCGUUAAACCCUCAACCUGCUGUUGCCGUGCUGCCGCUGGGGACAGGAAACGAUCUCGCCAGGACCCUCAACUGGGGAGGGGGCUACACAGAUGAACCUCUGUCCAAGAUCCUGUCCCAUGUUGAGGAUGGAGCCGUCGUCCAGCUGGACCGAUGGAACCUGCAUGUGGAGCCAAAUUACAUUCCAGGGGCUGAACCAGAUGAACAACAAGCUGAUAAGCUUCCUCUAGAUGUUUUCAACAAUUACUUCAGUCUUGGAUUCGACGCCCAUGUUACUCUUGGCUUUCAUGAAUCCAGAGAGGCAAAUCCAGAGAAGUUUAACAGUCGGUUUAGGAACAAGAUGUUCUAUGCUGGGACAGCUUUUUCUGAUUUCCUGAUGAGAAGCUCCAAAGACCUGUCUAAGCACAUCAAAGUGGUGUGUGAUGGGACAGAUUUAACAUCAAAGGUUCAGGACUUGAAGCUGCAGUGCCUGGUCUUCCUCAACAUCCCCAGGUACUGUGCAGGCACUACACCCUGGGGAAACCCUGGUGAACAUCACGACUUUGAACCUCAGCGCCAUGAUGAUGGAUACAUCGAGGUCAUAGGAUUCACCAUGACUUCACUGGCUACCCUCCAGGUCGGAGGUCACGGUGAGAGGUUGAACCAGUGUAGAGAAGUGACCCUCACCACUACGAAGCCUCUCCCAGUCCAGGUGGACGGUGAACCGUGUAGACUUGCUCCGUCUGUCAUCCGCAUCAGCCUUAGGAACCAGGCCAACAUGGUUCAGAAAACCAAACGGCGGACCUCCCUGCCACACCUCAACGAUCAGCAGCCAAUCCCUGAGAAGCUCCGGAUCCGAGUCAGCAGGAUCAGUAUGACCGACUACGAGGCUCUGAACUAUGACAAGGACAAACUACGUCAAGCGUCGAUUCCUCUGGGACUGAUCGUGGUUCCCGGUGACAGCGACUUGGAAACCUGCCGAGAACACAUCCAGCGUUUGCAGGAGGAUUUCUGCUGUGUUCAGCCACCCUAUCCAUGCAUGGGAAAGCAGGAGGAAGCAGCUGAACCACAGAUCAUUUCUUCACAGAGACUUUCUCCCAAGUGGUGUUUCCUGGACUCUACGACGGCGGAUCGUUUCUACAGGAUAGACAGAGCGCAGGAGCAUCUCAACUAUGUAUCAGAAAUCUCCCAGGAAGAGAUUUUCAUCCUGGACCCUGAACUGGUUGUGAAGACCUCAGUAGGCACCUCCCCCUCAGCCAUGCCCGACCUGGUCAACCCAGCACCCGGCCUGGAGCAAAGCAGGGAAAGCUCCUCCAAUCAGACCCCCAGCGAAGGCGAGGCCGGCGUCCGCGCUGUCGCUUCCCCUGACUUCUCCUCACUUCCCAGUUCUUCCCAGAGGCAGCGAGUGAACAGUGACAGCUCAGCCUCCGAAGCUCUAACGCAUGAUGCGACACCUGCGCCCAGCAAACUCAGCAGGGCAGGCUGCAUCCAUCGCUCCAACACCACCGGUGCUGACUUUAAACCCAGAGUGAGGCAGGAAACCAACCUGAAGAUGAGCCAGGCGGAAAGGGAAAGAGCAAAGGAAAAGUUGAUCGAGUGUGUGAAGAAGAAUGACGGGAAGAAGCUGCAGGAGCUGCACAAGAAGGGGGCGGACCUUACAGCUCUGGACCAAUCAGGCUGCAGCCUGCUACACCAUGCUGUCAGUGCAGGAAACAAAGACAUAGUCCGCUACAUUCUAGACAAUGCUCCCGGUGACCUGCUUGAUGUCACAGAAAAACAACAAGGGGAGACGGCGCUGCAUCGGGCUGCGUCGCUGUGCCAGAGGAGCAUCUGUCAUUAUCUGGUAGAAGCAGGAGCCUCGCUGAUGAAAACAGACCUACAGGGGGACACUCCCAAGAACAGGGCUGAGAAGGCCCACGACUCCGAGCUGGCGGGUUACCUGGAGACCCGACAGCACUACCAGAUGAUCCAGAGGGAGGACCAGGAGACGGCCGUGUGAGCGGAUGAAGGAGCUGCUGCGUGGAUGCCUGUGUGACAGGAGGUCCGGUUUCCUGCUGAUGUGUCUGCGCGGCCUGAGAGCGAAGCUGUGCCAACGCGCGUUUACUAACGGUCGCGCCUGAGAAUGUAACGGUGGAGACGACGGCCGCAAAGAAGAUUAUAAGAUGUCAUUUUUCUAUUUUGAACAGCUCAGCCAUUAAAGUGUCAGCGAAGCGAAGACGCCAGAAGCACCUGUCUGACUGAAUAACAAUGGGAUGAGUUCUUACCAAUCUCCUUCAUAUCGCCUAAAUUCCAAGGACCAAUGUUUUUAUUAAGUCACGUGUGUGGGAUCCAAUGUUUAGUUUGAAUUCUCUGCUGUCAGAUAUAUGAAAAUGGAACGUGAUGUUGAUUUCGUAGAUACAACCACAGAGGGAGCAGCAUCUAAGAAGCUCCCCGUGAGGCCCAGUUACAGGAGACUGCAGCGUUCAACCUUAUGCUUUUCCUUGAGGAGAGAUUAUAUGUGUGUAGGUAAAAUUUGACACCAUUUUUAGUUUAAAGUUGACAAAUAAAAGGUCUGAGUCAAAACGAUUCCCGUUUAUCCUCUGAGGACCCUGAACAGCUCAACUAAUAGCAUUAUAAUGAGACUAUUGCCCUCUGAAACCUUGUUAUAGACCAAAGUGAUAAAGGACACAUCCGCUAUUUUUAAACAGUGUCUGUCAUCAGCUGUGAUCAGUCUCCUGUUCGUACUGGCCUUUAAAACUUGUCUCCUGAAGGUGCUUCUCAUGUAAGUGAUGGGGCCAAACUAUAUCUGAGAAUAUAGGUCUCUGAGCAGAUUAGUCACGUUGGUGAGUGGAAGCCUUGCAACUCUUUGAUUCCAUCUUUUGUUAUUUUCUUUCCUGCAGAGAAACACAAGCAGCGAAUGUGUUAAUAUAAAGGCUUAAAUUGAUUGGUUUAUUAAAACCUUAUUAUUUAUUACAUAUAUUAGUGUUCUAUAUACUUGCUAAUAUGCGCUUGUCUUCCGUCACCUUGUUUGGGUUUUCAGAGGGGCUCCAUUAGAACCGGGCUGACCCAGUUCCAGGCCUCACAGGAGCUUGGCUGCUGUUUGUGGCUGUGAUCAUCAUUCCCUACUGUACAUUAUGUUAGGACGAAGCUAAAUCUAUGGAUUCGGUACCAAACUACAGUAAAUGAGCCCUGAAUACAUUAAAGUCCCGUCCCCUGAACAGAACCAUCAGUCUCCACUUCGCAUUUCAGUGGCUCGUACUUGUGUUAUAUGUGUUGGCGUAUAUCAAUAUCAUCUACUCAUCAUUUAGAUUUCUGUGAAGUAGGUGAGAACUGUCCGGUGCCUCGACGAAACAACUGAAUGUGUGAGUGUAAGUCCGUUUCAAGUAGAAUUACCAGGAAAUGACCCAAACCAAAUUCCACUGGACCUACGCGUGCAGUUGAGCAGCGCUUCGGUGUGAGGAGGCUACAGCUGAACCCAAAGUCACAUCUCAACCCGCGUAAUGGGGACUGUUAACGGCCACUCUGUGCAGCUAAACUGCAAAGAAACAGGUUCAGAGACGCAUCAUUGGAUUUUUGUCCAUGCCUAAAGUUUACUUAGGAUCCAAUUGAAGUAAAUAAACCCAGAAAUACAUUCCGUUAGAACAAAGGCUUUGCCUUCUUUGCACAUCGAUGCAUUUGCAGUUUAGCUGAAUGGAAGCAUCCUUUUCGUUGGUGCAGUACUUGGUUUAAAAGACACACAACAGCGGUGCCCGUGUGAACGCCUGGCCUGAUUGUCACGUGUGGGAUAUUUUGUGAGUCUGCAGCUUCUUUGACUCCAGGCAUCUUUCAUUUCCUCUGCUCACAGUCACAUUGUGUCAGCUUUUAAUGACCUGACUUAUUCUAACUGGUUUUGAGCGAAGACCAGUUCAUUCCCAGUAUGUGUUGGCCACAUUUGGACCCCGGGACCUUCACACCUCUCCUCCGUGCCCGGCUCCACCUCUGAGCUGUGUCACGGGCGUCUGUACUCUGCUUUGAUGAAAAGCAACUGAACUCCAGCCCGCUGUUAUUCGCGGCUCCUGAGCUGCAGGAGAUUCGGGGUUUUCACCGUUCCUCCCAGAGCUGCAGUGAAUUAUUGAACAGACCAAACAAACGAAACCCGCUAACUUCAGCUGCUUUGCAUGUGAGUGUUAACAUUGGCAGCAGAUUAGCUUUGGGUCAAAGGGGACGUUCCUAAACAGGUUUUCUUUUUCUGAGAAUUUACAUUUGUGGCCAAUUUGUGAAAUAUUUUUUUUUCUGUAUUUUAAGUUUAAAUUGUUUGAUAUUUGUAUAAUUUGUUUUUGAGAUAAAAGUUAAAAUAAUAAAAGAAUGUUGCAUAUUUGACCAAA